AAACGCGUCGGGCCGGAUAUGUUUUGAUUCCGAAUGGAGAAUCCGGCGAACGUGACAUAUUUACAAACCGUACAGCAUUAUUAAAUAAUUCUUAUGCAGUUUGGAUUAUAUUGUUAAUUCGACUAUAUAUUUGUAAAAACGUAUUGUGUGCUGGUUUACUACCGUGAGCCAGCUGCAUAUUUUUUUGUUGUUGUGGAUAUAGAGUUGAUUUUUUUUAUGUGCGUCUCACUGUGACGGUGUGAGUGAGUACGCUGUCAUCGGGUUGUUGGCGAGAACAAAAAAAUAAAUAAAUCUUGUUUAUGUAUUUUAUUUAUGCGUUUGUGUAACUCUCCAGCUGUAACUACAAAGAAAUUGAGUUUGUAUACGAUAUGAGUUACGGUUAUGGGAACAGAAGCCGGGGCCAGUGGGGAGGUCGAGACUCUGCUGAAGGCAGUGAUGAGAGAUGGGGCCGAGGAAGAGGAGGAGGAGGAGGAGGAUGGCGAGGUGGAGAUGGAGGUGGAGGUGGAGGUGGAUGGCGAGGGGAAGGUGGUUCUUCGAGCUCCGGCUCUUAUCAAAACCCACCCCGAGAGCCCCGGGACGGUCAAGGUGCACCGCGGGGCCGUCAUCCGGCCCAUCUGAAAGGCCGGGAGAUUGGUCUUUGGUACGCCAAGAGAGGGGGAUCGGGAUCGGGGACGAAAAGAAAAGAAGAAGAGAGACAAAUGAGAGCUGUGGUUCAGAUGGACGAAUCUAGAGAAGAACACAUUGCCAAGCUUCUGAGCUCUGUCCAGUGUAAGAAGUCUGAAAGAGAAUUAUACCCGUUAACAUCCCAGACUUCUCGAACCUGCAAGGAGAGCCAAAGCAGGAUCGUCCAUACUGACAGUUUUAGUUGGAAGGACACUAAACCAGUCAAUGACGGAGAUCUAGACUUCUUGUUCCAAGACAUUGUUCGGGAUUCAAGUCUAGAUCAAGAACUCAAAAGUGACCUUCAGAAAAAGAAAUCUGAUCCUAAGUACUUGGAAAUGAGGAGGUUCAGGGAGAAACUUCCAUCAUACAACAUGAGAAAGGAAUUGGUUGAAUUGAUAAAAAGUAACCAGGUGGUGGUAGUUAGCGGAGAGACAGGUUGUGGGAAGACAACACAAGUUACCCAGUUCAUUCUGGAUGACUAUAUCGAGAAGCAAAUGGGAUCUCUCUGCAGAAUAGUCUGCACACAGCCACGGAGGAUCAGUGCCAUUUCUGUAGCAGAAAGAGUGGCUUCAGAAAGGGCUGAGGCUUGUGGAGAUGGGAACACCUGUGGCUACCAAAUUAGACUACAAUGCCGGUUACCAAGGAAACAAGGCUCUAUCUUGUAUUGUACCACAGGCAUCAUCCUGCAGUGGCUACGAUCAGAUCCGCACUUGUCUACCAUCAGCCACAUUGUUUUGGAUGAAAUUCAUGAGAGGAACCUUCAGUCUGAUGUUCUGAUAACAAUAAUGAAAGAUCUUAUGAAAUUCCGAGAUGACCUGAAAAUCAUCCUCAUGAGUGCUACAUUAAAUGCUGAGAAGUUUUCAAAAUAUUUCCAUAACUGUCCAAUGAUACACAUCCCUGGUUUCACCUAUCCUGUGAAAGAGUACCUGUUGGAAGAUGUGAUCGAGAUGUUACGCUACUGUCCCCAAAAUCAAGAUGGCAGACCUAAGUGGAAGAAGCGCUUCAUGCAAGGUCAAAUGGCUCGACCAGAGAAGGAGCUGAAAGAGGAGGAGUAUCGAGAAAGCUGGCCCAGUUACGCAAGAAGCCUCCGUGACAGGUAUUCGGAGAGUACGAUUGAUGCAUUAGAGAUCAUGGAUAACGAUGAUAAACUUGACCUGUCUCUGAUUGUAGCAUUGAUCAGGCACAUUGUCCUGAAAGAAGAGGAUGGAGCCAUACUGGUUUUCCUGCCAGGCUGGGACAAUAUCAGUGGUUUGAAUGAUCUGUUGAUGGCUCAACAGAUGUUUAAGUCAGACAACUUUGUCAUCAUUCCGCUACACUCGCUGAUGCCUACUGUCAACCAGACUCAGGUUUUUAAGAAACCACCUCCAGGUGUUCGUAAAAUUGUGAUUGCUACCAAUAUUGCUGAGACAAGCAUCACCAUAGAUGAUGUUGUUCAUGUAAUAGAUGGAGGAAAGAUCAAGGAGACUCACUUUGACACACAAAACAAUAUCAGCACCAUGACCGCUGAGUGGGUCAGUCUGGCCAAUGCCAAACAGAGGAAAGGUCGUGCUGGAAGGGUGCAGCCUGGUCAGUGUUACCAUCUGUAUAAUGGAUUGAGAGCCAGCCUCCUGGAUAAUUAUCAGUUGCCAGAAAUGAUGAGGACUCCAUUGGAGGAACUCUGCUUACAAAUAAAGAUAUUAAAGCUUGGCAGAAUUGCCUCAUUUCUCAGGAAUGCAUUGGAUCCCCCAUCUGAUGAGACUGUAAACUUGGCUGUAACACAUUUAAUGGAUCUGAAUGCUUUGGAUAAGAAUGAGGACCUGACUCCUCUUGGCUUCCACUUGGCUCGAUUGCCAGUAGAGCCUCACAUUGGGAAGAUGAUCCUGUUCGGAGCUUUGCUGAGCUGCUUGGAUCCAGUCCUUAUUAUAGCAGCAAGCCUCAGCUUUAGGGACCCCUUUGUCAUUCCACUGGGUAAAGAAAAGCUUGCAGAUACAAAGAGGAGAGAGUUGUCAAAGAACUCUAAAAGUGACCAUCUGACUGUAGUGAAUGCAUUUUGGGGCUGGGAGGAAGCAAAACGACAUGGCUACAAAGCUGAGCGUGAUUACUGCUGGGAGCACUUUCUGUCUUCAAACACCCUCCAGAUGCUGCACAACAUGAAAGCACAGUUUGCAGAACACCUGCUGGCUGCCGGAUUCGUUGGCAGCAAAAACCCCAAAGACCCCAGUUCCAAUAUCAACUCAGACAAUGAGAAGUUAAUAAAAGCUGUCAUCUGUGCUGGAUUGUACCCCAAAGUUGCCAAGAUACGACCAAGUUUCAGCAAGAAGAGAAAAAUGGUGAAGGUUUACACAAAACCAGAUGGCAAAGUUAGCAUCCACCCCAAGUCAGUAAAUGCAGAAGAAGCAGAAUUCCACUACAGCUGGCUUAUCUAUCACCUGAAGAUGAAAACAAGCAGUAUAUUCCUGUAUGACUGCACUGAAGUGACUCCUUAUUCACUGCUGUUCUUUGGAGGUGAUAUCUCCAUUCAGAAAGACCAGGACCAGGACACCAUUGCUGUAGAUGAAUGGAUUGUCUUUCAGUCUCCAGCCAGGAUAGCACAUUUAGUAAAGGAUUUAAAGAGGGAACUUGAUGCUCUUCUCCAAGAGAAGAUUAAAAACCCUCAACCUGUGGACUGGAAUGAUACAAAAUCAAAGGACUGUGCCGUCAUAUCAGCAAUUAUUGAUCUAAUAACUACACAGGAGAGUGGCGCUGUCAAAAACUUUGCUCCCCGUUUUUCUGGGGGAUACUAUUAACUGGUUAUGAGUCACCAGGCAGUUCUGAAAUACUGAAACCAAUUGUCAUUUGUUUUGUAUUACCAAGCAACAAGAAUUGGGGACAACCUACCACCCUUACAUUGUCAAAAUAACCAAUUAUUGUCUUUGUUUUUUACUAUUUAAAAGUAGAAUGGAGAGUACACUAACAUGGAACAUGUUCUUAGAUAUCAAGGAAGGUUAAACUAAGGGUUAGGUGGCUUGAUCUGUGCUGUAUUCAUUUGUAAUUAAUAUCUUCAACAUCUGUAAAUGGUUGUUGGUUUUUUUUUGGACAAGCGCCAAUAAUGUUAAUUAAGAAAUUAGUUAGGUAGUCAUUAGUUAGUCUCUAUUUGUUUAGUGCCGAAAGCUCUAUGCAUGGGCAGCUGAAAAAGCUUCUGAAUGUUAAGCUCUUAAGCAUGCUUAAUGUGUGAUGCACAUCUCUCUCCAUUAUGUUGUACUAAUGUGUUUAGCACUCCAUUUUUAUCAACUUUAAUAUGCCAGUGCAAAACAUUAAAAUGUGUUGUCUGCAUGGUGCUGCGAAGUAACAA